AUGUACCAUGGGCGUGCUCGAGCGCCUGCUGCUGGGCGCGCCGCUGUUCGACCCUCCUCUUCCGCCCACUCCGAUCAACAGUGUGGCCGCCCCCCGCGUAAUGACAACAACCCAACCGAUCUUGGUAUUGCGACACGUAUACGAGCCAGCCGUGCAGCUGUGCAGAACGGACAGCGUGGUCAGCGCGAUGGCCGACCCGACGCUGAACGCGCCCCCCACGCCUCACCACCACGUGCACCUCCUCCGAGUCCUGCUGCAUGUCAAGGCCAGCGGAAACCCCGCAGGGCUAUAAUCGCCCUUAAACCACUCAAGCCCCACGUUUUAAUCCGCGACUACCUUGGCCCCAAGACGACCGUGUGCACCCACUGCAAGGCUCGUCACUGGGAGUGCGAGAGGUCGAAGUCGAUCGGACACGUCAGCACAUGCUGGAGUCGCAGGGCAAGGUGCGGCUGCCUCCCCCUCCCCAGUCCAAUACCGGGUAUCGACAGCUACUUCAAGGCUCGGAUAGCGGUCAGUUGCUCCGUCCAACAAUACCCGUCUGCAGUAGACCCACAUACUGAACUGUGCGAUAAUUUCCCGCGCACGCAGAAGCCAAAGCAUUCCGCGAAAUCGCCAGGUCGUACAACGCGCUGUUUUUCAUUUUGCUGGCUGCUCACUUCGACCGGACACGAUUGGGCACUCUAGGACCCCCCGUGUUUCGCGUGUUCGGCCGCCUCUAUCAUCGACUCGGCGCCCUGAUCCCUGCCGUGAAGCAACGCCCAGCCUUUGGUCAGACCCGGCUCAUCGACCCGGCCGAGGCCACCAGCACUCGACUUGGACCCGACGGCGCAGACAGUCGCGUACAAAGUUCUACUUUGAUCAAGCUCGAGUCCGUGAUGCGUGCCGGCAAUCGCUCCGUGAGGAAAUUCGCCUCGGCCAAAUGGUGCGUCCUGCGUCUCUGCCUACCACCAGGCCGAGACCGACGUGCCCACAACCUUCCUACCUCGAGCACGGAGAUGGCAAUGCUUCUCUGCGAUACCGACACCAACAUGGGAGAUCGUGGACCGCAAGAGCUUAUUCUCCAGGUGCACAGUGAUCGAUGUUCCGAUGGUCGGCCCAAGUACCAAAUCGUUAGCUCGCUCCAUCCGUCUGCGAUGCCUCUCCGUUUCCCACUACUAUUUCCUGCAGGGGAAGAUGGCUUCCACCCCAACAUUGCUCUUUGCGGUUUCAACCAAGCUGGGACGCCAAUCCCCAGAAAUCGAGAGCAGAUCGAGAAUGGUGUCCAAUUGCGCGAGGUACUUGUCGGUCUCGGUCUGGACGAAGAAGACGAAGAGGAGGGCGAUGAGGAUGAAGACGGCGAAGAAGGGGACGACUAGAACGGUGAUGGUGAACGUGAGCGUCUUCAGCUCUUUCUCACAUGUUCCUUUCUGCUGAGACGCAAGCACAGAGCUGAUAUAGAAUGUGUAUACAUCUAGCAACAAGGUCAAGGAGGAGGGGUUGAGGUGGAUCAACCCGAGUCUCGCGAUCCCAAUUCUUUGCAUACUACUUGCACGAACGCGAUGACUACUUCUCAAUUCUGCAUGCCACCCCGCCUCUCUUCCUCGAGUACGUGAUCGACGGAUACUCCCAAGUCGAGACCGACCGACUCAACAAGAAAACCUGCGCCUCACCACGGCCCAAGGCAUCACCGACGCUGUUGCCAACGGCUUCACCCCGGAUCAAAUUGGAUGUUCGGUGAUGUUGGGCUCGACGUUCGAGAACAGCCCGCGCGAGAUCACGCAGCGUUACCAAGAUGCGAUGGCUUGCGUCGUCAAACAUGGAAAGCCUUCGCUAUUCAUCGCGGUGACGUGCAACCCCGAAUGGUUCGAGAUCAUGGCUGCACAGGGGCCGAACGACAAAGCAUGCAACCGUCCGGAUCUCAUUGCACGAGUGUUUGAAGCCAAAGUGAACUGA